AUGGAGAAGGAGCCGAGUCACAUGUCUGAGAAGAUGUUAAACCUCACCCUGGAGAUCAUCUACCUGCUGACAGGAGAGAAUUAUAUAGCUUUCAAGUUAUCCAGUGGGUUUGUUGCCUCCAACUUAAUAGAGGGCCAGAGCCCUUUUGUGGAGCCUCCAUCUCAUUGCCUGAGAUAUAAAGAUAAAAAGAUUCUGGAAGUCUCCCAGAGGAUCAUUGAGCUACUGAUGAGAGAGGUUCCUAUAAGGUGUCAGGAUGUCACUGUCUAUUUCUCCAUGGAGGAAUGGGAGUAUAUAGAAGGACACAAGGAUCUCUACAAGGACGUCAUGAUGGAGAACUGGCCACCCCUCACAUCACCGGAUGGAUCCAGUAAUGGGAACCCACCAGAGAGAUGUCCCCGUCCUCUGGAUUCCCGGGACUCCACACAGGAACUUCAGGAGAUCCCUCAGGAGGAUCAGGAAGAAAACUGGACUGAAUACAACACUAAGGACAGAAAAACCCAAGAGCAGACAUAUGUGAUGGGCGAUGAGGAAUGUGAGGAGGAGGAGGAGAUCCCUCCAGAGAUCAACAUGGAUGGACGAUACCGAAAGUAUAACGUGGAAAAACAUCCCAUUAUUGCUCACAAUGGUGUGGUAGUAGAUGAUGUCACAUCCGAUUCUUCAGAAGCAAACUCCCUUACCCUGGUUCUCCAUCCACGCGUUCUCAGUGCGAAUCUGUCAUCCAAUCCCUCCACACAUGGGGAGAAUUUUCCUGAUCACUUACUUCCCAUCACUCAUCCUACAGAUCAUAUAGAGGGCGGAACCUUCCCAUGUUCUGAGUGUGGUGAAUGCUUUACUCAGAGAUCAGAACUUGUGUUUCAUCAGAGAACUCACACUGGGAUGAAGAUCUAUUCCUGUUCCGAAUGUGGGAAACGUUUCAACCACAAAGCUCAUUUUAUGUCGCACGAAAGAACUCACACGGGGGAGAAGCCAUUUUCCUGUCCUGAGUGCGGGAGAUGUUUUGCUGAAAUAUCAAACCUUACUAAACAUCAGCGAUCCCACACGGGGGAGAAGCCGUUUUCCUGUUCCGAAUGUGGAAAAUCUUUUACGCGAAGAGGCUAUCUGAUUUCCCAUCGGAGGAUUCACACAGGGGAGAAGCCAUACUGUUGCACUGAAUGUGGCAAAUGUUUCGCUUUUAGGUCGGACCUUGCUAAGCACAAAAGGAUUCACACCGGCGAUCGACCGUAUUCGUGUUCUGAAUGCGGGAAAGGGUUUGCCCAGAAGUCGAACUUGGUUCAGCACCAGAGAAUCCAUAACGGUGAUCACCCAUAUUCCUGUUCUGAAUGUGGGAAAUGGUUUUCUUGUAAAAGACAUCUGAUUGGACACCAGAAAACUCACACGGGUGACCGUCCGUAUUCAUGUUCCGAGUGUGGAAAAGGUUUCAUCUACAAAUCGAGUCUGGUGCGGCAUGAGAAGAUCCACAGUGGUGAAGAUCCAUAUCUGUGUCCUGAAUGUGGGAAACGGUUUUCUAGGAGGUCCACCCUUACAUCACAUCUCAGCUUCCACCGGAGGCAAGAGGUUCCUGGGCAGGGUGUGGUGGCUGAGUAA